CACUCGUUGUGUGUCGCGGCCUUGAGGGCGGCCUAGCCAUGAACGACACGAGUGUGCCCAUCCGGGUGCCUCACGUAGGCCGGAAGCUGGUCGGCGUGGUGCCUAUCCUCCUCGUCUUCUCCUUGGGGUUCGUUCUGGGCAUGACCUCCAACGCCAGGUUCCCAAACUUCUACCUCCCUUUCGUGCCACCGCUGCCGGCCACUGCUACGGCGCCGCCACCGUCGCCGCCGCCUCCAGUACCACCGCCACCGCCCCUGCAGCCGCCUCCACCGUCGCCGACAGCAGCAAACCGGCAAAUGGUGGGGCCGAUGGGCCUGGUUGAGCCGAGCGAUCUCAUGAGGUGGAACAUGACCGACGAGGAGCUGCACUGGUGGGCGUCCAUGGCGCCCAAGGUGCGGCGCACGCCGUACCAGCACCGCGUCCCAAAGGUCGCCUUCCUGUUCCUGGCGAGGGGCGAGCUGCCGCUGCGGCCGCUGUGGGAGAAGUUCUUCGCGGGGCACGAGGGCCUCUACUCCAUCUACGUGCACGCCGAUCCCUCCUACACCGGCUCGCCGCCCGAGGACUCGGUGUUCUACGGCCGCAUGAUCUCCAGCCAGAAAACGUCCUGCGGCGACGUGAGCCUGGUGGCGGCGGAGCGGCGGCUGGUGGCGAGCGCGCUGCUGGACCACGGCAACGAGCGGUUCGCGCUGGUGUCGGAGUCGUGCAUCCCGCUCUACAACUUCACCACCGUGCACGCCGUGCUCACCGGCGCCGGCGGCACCAACUUCGUGGACAGCUUCGUCCGCCGCGACAGCGUGGUGCGCUACGACCCCUUCUUCGGCCGCCGGGGCAACAUCACGCUGGCGCAGUGUCGCAAGGGCGCCCAGUGGUUCGAGAUGGGCCGGGGCCUGGCGCUCGAGCUCGUCGCCGACGGCGCCUACUUCCCGGCGUUCGUCGAGUUCUGCGCGCGCCGGCGGUUCUGCUUCGCGGAGGAGCACUACCUGCCGACGCUGCUCAGCGUGCUGGGGUGGCGGCGCAACGCCAACCGGACGCUCACGUACGCCGACUGGAGGCGCGGCGGCUCCCACCCGCGCACCCACGGCGCGCGGGACGUGACGGAGGCGCUCAUCGGGGAGAUCAGGGGAGGGGGAGCCGGCGGCGGCGGCCGGAACUGCAGCGAUUACCAUGACGGGGCCAGCGGCGUGUGCUAUGUGUUCGCGCGCAAGUUCGCGCCGGACACGCUGGAGCCGCUGCUGCGCUUGGCUCCCAAGCUCAUGGGCUUUGGCUGAAGAGGCGUGCAAGUGGUGGUG